AUGAAGCAUUACUGCCCAAAUCAAACGGAUUCAGUCAUUCGUAACAACGACUGUCUCCUGCGUUAUUCAGAACGGAACUUGAGCUCCCAGAUUACAAAUGGAAUCGAGUAUACGCUUCGAAAUGUAACGAACGUAACAGACCCGAUAGCUUUAAACAAGCAAUUGCUGACAUUGAUAUCGAAUCUCACAGCUGCUGUUGCUUCCAGUCCUUCCGUAUACGCCACUGGAGAGAUCCAGGUUACCAGCUCUCAGAAUAUAUACGGACUAGCACACUGCGCUAGUGAGUUAUUGGCAACCGACUGCUUCACCUGUCUGCAAUCUUCAGUCAACCUUAUCCCGAGCUGUUGUGCCGGAAAAUCAGGAGUUAUCUACACGGGUUACCAAAUAGAACUCAAAGGCACUAAUUAA